CGGCUGAUCGCUUAUUACGCGCGCCCCAGCCGUGCUGGGUCAGCCUAACAUCAGCAGAUACAACUUCCUGCGCGCAUUCAACUACCUACUUCCAAGCGAAGAACACGCGAAAACAGCGGCUGGCCGCCUGUACGGACCGAUAGAACGCCAACUGUACCAGCAAGAACCACUGCGAACACCUAUCUAGCGCGCAUUCCGGAGACCAUAUCCUUGGAACUGGCCACUACCUCCCAGGACUUCAGGUCCUGCCUGCUCUGCCCAAUAUGACCACAGUCGAACAAGCCCAAAUGUUCCAUCGAGACCACCCCGAUGAAUACGGACCUGCGCCUGGCGAGACGGCGGAAGAGCACGCUGCUCACAAAUACUUUGAACCCAUCCGGCACUGGGGACUGGGCCGAAAACAAGAAUCCGUCCUCUUCUAUUGCUUCACAAUACCUUCCUGGUGUUUCUGCAUAGCAUCCGCUGUGCUGGGCAGUUACCGAAGGACCGAAGCGAAAUCCUUCAUUGCCUGUGCGACAAUCUGGCUUGUGCUGUGGGGAACCGCGUGGUUGCAAACGGCGACGCUCAUGGUGCAGAGGGCAAGUUGGACCAGAGAUGAGGCCAAUCUGAAAGACAGGAAGCAGUAUCUGUACCUCGCAGUGAGACUUCAGCGUCUGAUGAUCGUGACAGCGACAAUCUGUCUUCCGACUUUUAUCCAGGCAUAUGUGCGACGUGACAGCUUCAAAGACACGCCGUAUUGGCUGGUCUUCUUGCUGUUCUUCAUCUUCAACACGGUCGGCUGCGUCAUGAACGCGUACAACAACAUCACCUGGGAGUGUGAUCGCUUGCACUACGAAGAAGGAGAGCCGCCAAUGCGAUACACGGCACUGGCGAUCCUCGGCAUCCCGUCAUGAGAUUCAUGAGACUGUUCACGAUCUGGUUUCUAGCAGAACAGUAUAGAGAAAAUGUAUAGAUGGGUAAAUGCGGGACUAUGCGAUGUGCAGAGAAUUUUGCUUCGCUACAGGCGAAAGAGUGAGAAAUUGAGCAGACAAUGAAAUUGACCACGGUCGUUGUCCCCGGCCACUAAUCACCGAAAGAUUGUACGCUGUAAGUGGCAUUGAGGUUGGGUUAGCGAUCAAUGGUAGCAUUUAGAGCGAUGCAAUACUAAAGAACAUUUACUAGUGCUGACACGGCGGCUACGCAUGUACAGUAUCUACCUUUGGGACAGGAGUGGUAUGGCAACCGAUAAAUAAAUCGAACGAGCACGAGCACACGUCCAGACGCC